AUGAAGAAAACCAAACUGUCUACUUACUUUCUCUUCUGCGUGACAUCAUGUGUAGAUGGAAAUGUUGAGAUCUUCAAGGAAAAGGUGGAAAUAGAUGAAGCAAACAAAUGGGUAAGUCUUACCGCUUUGGAGGGAAAUGUGCUGGAGCAAUACAAAAGCUAUAAGAUCAUUUUUCAGGUCACUUCAAAAAGUGAAGGAGGAGGUCUGGUGAAAAUUACUAUACAUUAUGGAAAACUUAAUGACAACGAUCCACCUCCACAUAUCUUCGCUUUGCGAUCAAUGUUGUUCAUGAUAUGGAUGCCCAUCUUCUUAAAGAAUAAACGUACCAACCAAGAUUAA